UUUGUCAAACAAGAACCAUGUUCUCGAGCUAGCUAUCAUCCGAUAUUAUGCUGAACCCAUAUUAUCGGUAUCCAAAAAACCUUGUAUUAGGAGUCGGAAAGAAAAUCAUGAUGAACAGAACCAAUAUUAGUCUCCCAAAUCCAAUAUACCAUUUCAUGAUUAUUGUAGCUUACAUGCUUGUUCCUUCUCUCAAAAUUUCAGCAGCUAUCCUCAGUGUGUCACAGUUUAUCACUGAGAGCCAGACUUUAGUGUCCCACAGAGGAGUGUUUGAGCUUGGUUUCUUCAGCCCGGGCAAUUCGAAAAACCGUUACCUGGGGAUUUGGUAUAAAACCAUAACUAUUGAUAGAGUUGUUUGGGUCGCAAACUGGGCGAACCCAAUCAAUGAUUCCGCCGGCAUCUUAACUUUCAGCAGCACAGGCAAUCUUGAACUCAGACAACAUGACUCAGUUGCUUGGUCUACUACCUACAGAAAACAAGCACAGAAUCCAGUGGCGGAGCUCUUGGACAAUGGCAAUCUUGUGGUAAGAAAUGAGGGAGACACCGACCCCGAAGCCUACUUGUGGCAAAGUUUUGACUAUCCAUCUGAUACGCUUUUGCCCGGGAUGAAGCUGGGAUGGGACCUCCGAACUGCUCUGGAAUGGAAAAUAACGGCUUGGAAGAGUCCAGAAGAUCCAUCCCCAGGAGAUUUUUCUUUCAGGUUAAAUCUCUAUAAUUAUCCUGAGUUUUAUCUGAUGAAAGGAAGAGUAAAGUAUCACCGCCUUGGACCGUGGAAUGGACUUUAUUUUAGUGGCGCAACAAAUCAAAACCCAAACCAGUUGUACGAAAUCAAGUAUGUAGUUAAAAACGAUUCCAUGUACGUGAUGAAUGAGGUUGAGAAGUUCUGUUUCUUGACAGUCAAGAAUAGUUCUGCAGCUGCUAUUGUGAGAGUCAAAAUCACGGAAACCAGUCUGCAAAUCCAGGUAUGGGAAGAGGAAAGACAAUAUUGGAGCAUUUAUACAACUAUCCCGGGUGACAGAUGCGACGAGUAUGCGGUGUGUGGAGCCUAUGGGAAUUGCAGGAUUUCACAGUCACCAGUAUGCCAGUGUUUAGAAGGAUUCACACCAAGGUCACAACAAGAAUGGAGCACAAUGGAUUGGAGCCAAGGAUGUGUUGUCAAUAAAUCGUCAAGCUGCGAAGGUGAUCGGUUUGUCAAACAUCCAGGUCUGAAAGUACCAGAAACUGAUCAUGUUGAUCUGUAUGAGAAUAUUGAUUUAGAGGAAUGCAGAGAGAAAUGCUUGAAUAAUUGCUAUUGUGUGGCAUAUACUAAUUCAGACAUAAGAGGAGGAGGUAAGGGUUGUGUCCAUUGGUAUUUCGAACUAAAUGACAUUAGACAGUUUGAAACUGGAGGGCAAGAUCUAUAUAUCCGGAUGCCUGCUUUGGAGUCAGUCAACCAAGAAGAGCAACAUGGACACACCACAAGCGUGAAGAUAAAAAUUGCAACCCCAAUUGCUGCAAUUAGUGGGAUACUUUUAUUUUGCAUUUUUGUUAUGUACAGAGUUCGAAGGAGCAGUGCUGAUAAGUCAAAGACAAAAGAUAAUUUAAAAAAACAGCUAGAAGAUCUGGAUCUACGAUUAUUUGAUCUGCUAACAAUCACUACUGCCACAAACAAUUUCUCGUUGAAUAACAAGAUUGGACAAGGUGGUUUUGGACCUGUAUAUAAGGGAAAAUUAGCAGAUGGCAGAGAUGUUGCAGUCAAGAGACUUUCAAGCAGUUCUGGACAAGGAAUAACUGAGUUUAUGACAGAAGUUAAACUAAUUGCGAAGCUUCAACAUCGAAAUCUGGUAAAGCUUCUUGGCUGUUGCAUUAGAGGACAAGAAAAAAUACUAGUAUAUGAAUACAUGGUUAAUGGCAGCCUUGACUCCUUUGUUUUUGACCAAAUAAAAGGUAAAUUUCUGGACUGGCCUCAACGGCUCGACAUAAUAUUUGGAAUAGCUAGGGGGCUUUUGUACCUUCAUCAAGAUUCCCGAUUAAGGAUUAUUCAUAGAGAUCUCAAGGCAAGUAACAUUUUACUCGAUGAAAAGUUAAAUCCAAAAAUAUCAGAUUUUGGAAUGGCUAGAGCUUUUGGAGGAGACCAAACUGAAGGAAACACAAAUAGAGUCGUUGGUACUUACGGUUACAUGGCUCCAGAGUACGCAGUUGAUGGCCUAUUUUCAAUCAAAUCUGAUGUUUUCAGUUUUGGUAUUUUAUUGUUAGAGAUUAUAUGCGGAAAUAAAAAUAGAGCUCUUUGUCAUGGAAACCAAACUCUUAAUCUCGUUGGCUAUGCAUGGACACUUUGGAAAGAGCAAAAUGUUUUACAGUUGAUUGACUCAAACAUAAUGGACUCAUGUGUUAUCCAAGAAGUAUUGCGAUGCAUUCAUGUUAGUCUCUUGUGCGUGCAACAAUACCCAGAGGAUAGGCCAACCAUGACUUCGGUAAUUCAAAUGUUAGGGAGUGAGAUGGAACUGGUUGAACCAAAAGAGCCGGGUUUCUUUCCAAGGAGGAUUUCAAAUGAAGGAAAGUUACUAGCAAAUCUAAACCAAAUGACUUCAAAUAAUGAGUUAACCAUUACCUUAUUAAAUGCCAGGUGAAAAUUAGAGUCAUUUGAAUAUAAUGAACUGAAGCAUAACUUGCUUUGCAAGUGCAGUCAAAACCUGUUCAGUUGUUCUUGUUAUUGCUACACUGAAAUUUCUGAUGUACUCUGCUGUGUUAUGAUGUGUAAUUUAUUUUAUGCUGUUUUUAUAAUGUCUUAAGCUUUGUAUUUAGGUUGGAUGGGUGGGUAAUUAACCUGUUAGAUAUAGCAGGAACUUAUUGUUAUGCUUUGUGUGAGAAUAUAUGUAUCAAAAACAAAUCAUUUCUGAUGUUGUAUGAAUGGAAAACAUUGAUGUUUCGGAACUAAA